AUGUGUCAUGUCACCAACGACUUAAGGAAAGCUGUGGCCAAAAAACAUAAGAAGUUUUUUGAGAGGCAUUUACAGUUGCUCCCCUCUUCGCACCAGGGACACGACGUGAACAGGAUGGCAAUAAUAUUCUACUCUAUAGUAGGGCUCUCGAUAUUUGACGUCGACGUGCCUAAAAAGUAUGGCAAUAAUAUUAGCUGGAUGCGCAAACAUUAUAUCAAGAAAAUGCUGAAUGACACAAACAAUACUGUAAUAUCGGGGUUUGUCGGAAGUUUAGUUAUGGAUAUUCCUAACGCUACAACGAUUAAUUUAGCCAAUACACUCUUUGCAUUGUUGUCUAUGAUCAUGCUGAAAGAUUACGAAUACUUUGAAACUAUACUAGACAGAGAGAGUCUUCUGAGGUUCGUUUCUAGGUGCCAACUACCUGCCAGUGGCUCAUUUGUAUCUUGCUUAGAUUAUAACAAGAAUUCCGCAUCUUUAGUUGAUUCAGACGAUUUAAGAUUCUGCUACAUUGCAGUUGCCAUUUUAUAUAUAUGUGGGUGCCGAUCCAAGAAAGAUUUUGAUAGAUACAUUGAUACUGAGAAAUUGCUUGGGUAUAUAAUGUCACAACAAUGUUGUAGCGGAGCUUUCGGUACCCACAAUGAACCACAUGCGGGGUACACCUCUUGUGCACUGUCUACUUUAGCCUUAUUAUCUAGUCUUGAAAAGCUACCCGAUAAGUUUAGAGAAGACACUCUAACGUGGUUGUUACAUAGGCAAGUAUCAAGCCGGGGGUGUAUGAAGUUCGAAAAUGAUUUGAAUGCUACCUAUGACCAAACCGAUGAUGGUGGUUUUCAGGGCAGGGAGAAUAAGUUUGCUGAUACAUGUUACGCAUUCUGGUGCUUAAAUUCAUUGCAACUUCUUACAAAAGAUUGGAAGGCGCUAUGUCAAACUGAACUAACAACAAACUACCUGCUUGAUCGGACACAGAAAACAUUAACUGGAGGUUUUAGUAAGAAUGAUGAAGAAGAUGCCGAUUUAUAUCACAGCUGUCUGGGAAGUGCUGCCUUAGCGUUAAUUGAGGGUGGAUUUAAUGGAGAAUUAUGCAUACCUCAAGAAGCGUUUAAUGAAUUUUGCAGGUGUGUCAUUAUUAGGGCUCCAUAG